AUGAUGGUGCACUGUGCCGGCUGCGAGCGGCCCAUCCUCGACCGCUUUCUGCUGAACGUGCUGGACCGCGCGUGGCACAUCAAAUGCGUUCAGUGCUGCGAGUGUAAGACCAACCUCUCGGAGAAGUGCUUCUCGCGCGAGGGCAAGCUCUACUGCAAAAAUGACUUCUUCAGGCGCUUCGGCACGAAGUGUGCGGGCUGUGCGCAAGGCAUCUCGCCCAGCGACCUGGUGCGCAAGGCCCGCAGUAAAGUCUUCCACCUCAACUGUUUCACCUGCAUGGUGUGCAACAAGCAGCUGUCCACGGGCGAGGAGCUCUACGUCAUCGAUGAGAACAAGUUCGUGUGCAAGGACGACUACCUGAGCUCCUCCAGCCUCAAGGAGGGCAGCCUCAACUCAGUGUCAUCCUGUACGGACCGCAGUUUAUCCCCGGACCUCCAGGACCCACUCCAGGACGAUCCCAAGGAGACGGACAACUCGACGUCGUCGGACAAGGAGACAGCCAACAACGAGAACGAGGAGCAGAACUCGGGCACGAAGCGGCGCGGCCCGCGCACCACCAUCAAAGCCAAGCAGCUGGAGACGCUCAAGGCCGCCUUUGCCGCCACGCCCAAGCCCACGCGCCACAUCCGCGAACAGUUGGCACAGGAGACCGGCCUCAACAUGCGCGUCAUCCAGGUGUGGUUCCAGAACCGAAGGUCCAAAGAACGCAGGAUGAAACAGCUGAGCGCACUGGGCGCCCGGAGACACGCCUUCUUCCGGAGUCCGCGGCGCAUGCGUCCGCUGGGCGGCCGCUUGGACGAGUCCGAGAUGUUGGGGUCCACUCCGUACACCUACUACGGAGACUACCAAGGCGACUACUACGCGCCCGGAGGCAACUAUGACUUCUUCGCGCACGGCCCGCCGUCGCAGGCGCAGUCCCCGGCCGACUCAAGCUUCCUGGCCGCGUCGGGGCCCGGCUCGACGCCGCUGGGCGCGCUAGAGCCGCCGCUGGCCGGCCCGCACGCCGCCGACAACCCCAGGUUCACCGACAUGAUCUCGCACCCGGACACGCCGAGCCCCGAGCCGGGCCUGCCGGGCGCGCUGCACCCCCUGCCCGGCGAGGUGUUCAGCGGCGGGCCCAGCCCGCCCUUCCCCAUGAGCGGCGCCAGCGGCUACAGCGGACCCCUGUCGCACCCCAACCCCGAGCUCAACGAGGCGGCCGUGUGGUAA